GUCAAGGUGACUGGAUAAUGGAAAAUGUCACGUUCAAAAUGAUAUUUGCAUAUGCGCCUGGCAAAUCUUUGAUGAAACACACUCCUCGAUAAAACAGAAAGAACUCCGAGGGAUUGGAUCACGUUCUGCAAUUGAAGGGGUGGCCGGAGUCUUUUUAAGUUCGAUAUUCAUUAUUGGCCUUGAUAUAGGCCUAUUUUAUAGAUAUUUCUGAUGUCAGCAUGGAUUCAUUAUUUUCCACUGGUCUCGUGGUCGCCUUGAUGUUCGCGACAGCCGACAUCAUUAAGCCCGUUGCUUCGAGCAAUGACAACGGUAAUGAAAAUCAAUCACUUCUACUCCUGGUGGUAUUCGACGGUUUCCGCUACGACUACCUGGAAAAGACUUCAACGCCAAACUUCGAUCGCCUUGUCAGUAUGGGCGCCAAGCCAGGAGGCUUGACUCCUGCAUUCGUCACGAAAACAUUUCCUGGCCAUCACACCAUCGCUACCGGUCUCUACCAAGAGGACCAUGGAAUUCUAGGAAACGACAUGUACGACCCCGAGUUCAACUCGACAUUCAGCCAAGCCAACAACGAACCUCGAUGGUGGAACUACGGCGGAGAACCGAUCUGGGUGACCAACCAGCUCAACGGUGGUCGUACGGUGUCCGUCUUCUGGCCCGGUGAUCGUGUUAACAUCUCCGGCAUGACUGCGACCUAUCACCAACCAGCCUACGAUGGCUCCUUCCCAUUCAAUGAUCGUAUUGAUCUAGUGGUUGGACUCAUGUCCAAUGGAAGUGCGAAUCUAGGAAUUUUGUACUUCCAUGAACCAGAUAGCACAGGACAUCUUCAAGGUCCAGAAUCAGAAGCCACUGCUGACAGUAUAGCCAUGUGUGACGAAACCCUUGGCUAUCUCCUGGAUAAGCUCGAUGAAGCCAAUCUCCUCGAUGACGUCAACAUUAUACUAACAAGUGACCACGGCAUGACGUCCGUAUCUUCUAACCAAACCGUGUUCCUCGAUGAUUACAUUGACCGGAGCCUUUAUUUCUACACCAACAAUGAUCCAGUGUUCGGUUUGUGGCCUUAUGAAGAGGGAAACACUGAUGCCUUGUACAACGCUUUAAAAGAUGCUCAUCCAAGUAUGAACGUUUACCUGAAAGCGGAGAUUCCCGAAGAAUACCAUUAUCGAGACAAUCGACGUACUAGCCCAAUCCUUGUCGUCAUGGAGGAAGGGUGGCAUGUAUGGAUAAACAGAUCUGUGGCCGGAAACUGGCAAAGAUACAAUGGAAAUCAUGGCUUCUUGAACACGCUUGAAAGCAUGCGAUCAAUCUUCAUCGCUUCUGGCCCCGCCUUCAAAACCAACUACGCGUCUGAUGAUUUGCUGGAUGGCGUUGACGUGUACAACUUGAUGUGUCACCUCCUCUCAGUAAGCCCCGCCCGAAACAAUGGCACGUUUAGUCACGUGCAGCCUCUUUUGGCCAAUGAGGUGACAGGAACCACUCCUUUGGCGGGAAUGGAGACGACCUUUCAGAUGACGACGGGAUCAGGCUUUCGUGAAACCUUUUCUCCACUCCUCCUAUCGCUCGGUUUUACGAUAUCUUUAGCUUUUUAUAAUUAACUGUAGAAUGGAACAAGUGAAUAUACGGAGUAAAAACGCUGAUUAAACGUUUAAAACUUAUUCGUGUAUUUAUAACGAAUCGUUUGCAAUGUGACUUGAACAAGAGAUAGUUGAGAUCAUGUCGCAAACUUAAUGCUCUCAUUUUUCACCAGCAUAUUCUAUGUGCAAGUUAUGUAUGUCUGGACCACUGAAAUGUUGUUUUGGUCGAAUUGACGGGCUCAUUAUUUGUAUAGAUAAAAAUCAUAAUGUAAAUAUAAUGAACAAUAAUGUAAUGAACACUAAAUGAAUGAACAUAGCGAAUGAAGGUGAGGAAGCGAACAGAUAUACCAAUUUUCAAAAUGUGUAGAUAUCUAGGAUUAAACGAAAAAAAAGCAUUAGUCAACAUUUCUUAACAGACCAAUAUCAGGGUAGCGUUUCAUCAACAUUUUCGUCCGACAGGUUGUCAGAUCUGACAACUUUCCUUGAUUUUGAUUGGCUGAACAGCAU